UGUGGGCGGGGUUUCCUCGAGUUCCGGAGUCGAGUCGCCGUCUGGGCCGGAGUGGAGAUGCAGCCGCCGCCCCGAAAAGUGAAGCCGGCCCAGGAGGUGAAGCUUCGCUUCCUGGAGCAGCUAAGCAUCCUUCAGACUCGGCAGCAGAGGGAGGCAGAUCUGCUGGAGGACAUCAGAUCCUACAGCAAGCAGAGGGCAGCCAUUGAACGCGAGUAUGGGCAGGCACUCCAGAAACUGGCUGGGCCAUUCCUGAAGAGGGAGGGACACCGUAGUGGGGAGAUGGACAGCAGGGGCAGGACAGUGUUUGGUGCCUGGCGCUGCCUGCUGGAUGCCACCGUGGCUGGGGGCCAAGCCCGGCUCCAGGCGUCAGACCGAUACCGUGACCUGGCAGGGGGCACAGGGCGGAGUGCCAAGGAACAGGUGCUCAGGAAGGGAGCAGAGAACCUCCAGAGAGCGCAGGCUGAGGUGCUGCAGUCUGUCCGGGAGCUGAGCCGAAGUCGGAAGCUGUAUGGGCAGCGGGAACGCGUGUGGGCCUUGGCACAGGAGAAGGCAGCCGAUGUCCAGGCCAGGCUAAACCGAAGUGACCAUGGGAUCUUCCACACUCGGACCAGUCUCCAGAAACUCAGCACCAAGCUAUCUGCCCAGUCUGCCCAGUACUCUCAGCAGCUGACAGCGGCCCGCAAUGAGUACCUGCUCAACUUGGUGGCCACCAACGCCCACCUUGACCACUACUACCAGGAGGAGCUGCCAGCCCUGCUCAAGGUCCUGGUCAGUGAACUGUCAGAACACUUGAGAGACCCCCUGACCUCACUAAGCCGCACAGAGCUGGAAGCUGCAGAGAUGGCCCUGGAACAUGCCCGCCAAGGGGGGCAGGCAACCUCCCAGGUAAGCUGGGAGCAGGAUCUGAAGCUCUUUCUUCAGGAUCCUGGAGUAUUUUCCCCCACCCCACCUCAGCAGUUUCAGCCAGCAGGGACUGAUCAGGUGUGUGCUCUGGAGCUGGAAGGAGGAGCAGGAGGCGUGGCUGGGGUGAGUGGCCUGGAGAAAGAGGUCCAGCGCUGGACAAGCAGAGCUGCCCGCGAUUACAAGAUCCAGAACCAUGGGAAUUGGGUGCUGCAGCGGCUGGAGCAGAGGCGUCAGCAGGCUUCAGAGCGGGAGGCUCCAGGCAUAGAACAGCGGCUGCAGGAAGUGAGGGAGAGCAUGCGGAGAGCACAGGUGAGCCAGGUGAAGGGGGCUGCCCGGCUGGCUCUGCUGCAGGGGGCUGGCCUGGACGUGCAGUGCUGGCUGAAGCCAGCCAUGACCCAGGCCCAGGACGAAGUGGAGCAGGAGCGACGGCUCAGUGAGGCCCGGCUGUCCCAGAGGGACCUCUCCCCCACGGCUGAAGAUGCUGAGCUCUCUGACUUUGAGGAAUGUGAGGAGGCGGGGGAGCUCUUUGAGGAGCCUGCCCCCCCAGCUCUGACCACCAGACCCCUCCCCUGCUCCGCACAUGUGGUGUUUGGCUAUCAGGCUGGGCGUGAGGACGAGCUGACCAUCAAGGAAGGCGAGUGGCUUGAGGUCAUAGAGGAGGGAGAUGCUGACGAAUGGGUCAAGGCUCGGAACCAGCAUGGUGAGGUAGGCUUCGUCCCUGAGCGGUAUCUCAACUUCCCAGACCUCUCCCUCCCUGAGAGGGGCCAUGACAGCAACGACCCCUUGGGAGCAGAGCCUACAGCCUUCCUGGCCCGUGCCCUCUAUAGCUACACAGGACAGAGUGCAGAGGAGCUGAGUUUCCCUGAGGGGGCACUCAUUCGUUUGCUGCCCCGGGCCCAGGAUGGAGUGGAUGAUGGCUUCUGGCGGGGAGAAUUUGGGGGCCAUGUUGGUGUCUUCCCCUCCCUGCUGGUGGAGGAGCUGCUUGGCCCCCUAGGACCCCCUGAGCCCUCAGACCCUGAACAGACGCUGCCAUCCCCUUCUCCUCCAAGCUUCUCCCCUCCUGUGCCCACCUCUGCCUUGGAGGGAACCCCUGUAUCCAUCCUGCCUGGGGACCAACUCCCAGACUGCCCUGGGCCCCUGGACCUGAUGGCACCUCGAAUCAGGCCGAUGCGUCCACCACCUCCUCCACCAGCUAAAGCCCCGGAUCCUGGCCACCCAGAGCCCCUCACCUGAGAGCCAGGGGGAUCACUAGCCCUCAGUGAUGCUGCUGCCCCAUCCCAUGCUGUCAAGGACUGCUUCCUCAGUGAUCCUACACAUUACAGCCAAAAGUUGGAAUUUCUCCCAUUUUCACUCUCACCCAUUUCUGGGGCUAGAGCCCACUCCUUUUCCUCCGUUCCUCUCCUGCAAUCUCUAGGAUUGGAACUACCCCUUUCUUUUCCACCACCACCCCAUCUCCAAGGCUGGAACCCCUUCUAUCCCACUCCUGAAAUCUCUGGGGCUGGAACCUACCCUCCUCAAAUCUUGAAUGGCUCCGCCCAUGUUUGUCUCCACCCUGGGUCUGUGCCCCACCCCAUCCUGGGUACCAGGGCCACUUGGGCUGGGGGCAGGGACAGAGUCAGGCCUUGCGAAUCAGAAGGAGCUGGAGCCAGUAUGCAAAAGCAGCUGUAAUGGUCUGAGCGGAUUUAUUGACAGUGAAUAAAGGGCAGGAAGCCCAAGCCAAGCCUUGGCCUCUUGCGCCAAGAGGGCAGGGGGCCUAAGGUGCUAUUGCUUUAAGGGCCCACCAAAGGCAGGGGCCUGCUCCCAGCUGCCACGCUCUAGCAUAUGGAGUGAGGUGUUAGGAAGGCAGGUCAGGUGGCCUGUUGGCAGGCAAGGGAAUGGGAAGAGACUGACGGGUGUAUUGAGGGCUACUUCUGAGGUCCCCCAGCUUGAGACCAUGAAACUCCAGGUGGAAGUAAGGCUGGUCCCUCAGCUGGGGGCAGUGCUGUCCAGUGGAGGGGAGGGGCUUCAUGUCCACCCACCCCGGACUCUGCCAGCUGGUAGUCCAUUCAGCAGCAGCGAAGAAUGAGGCUUGGAAGAGAGGGAGGGUAACAAUGUUGCCUUCUAUUUAAGGUCUGUCCCAGCUUUUUCCUGGUGACACAGGACCCCUUCACUUCCGGGUUCCUGAAUCUACCCCCUGAAGCACAUGCCCACUCCCCACCACCAAACCAAAAAUUUGUAGCAAAGGCUAAAGCCUGCAGUUCACCUGGGGGUUCAGGGAGCUGACGGGCUUGAGUGGGGGGUAGGAGGAUAAGAUUCACUGCCCUGGGUCCCAGGCAGACUCACCUCACAUACCCUCUGCUCCCCGUGGUGGGGACGCCUGAGAGAAAGGGGAGGGGUCAGCAGUGGAAAAAUAGUCCCCAGAGUAGGGGACAACAAAAGCUCAGUCUGCCACAUCCCACUGAAGCCCUGGCCAUGUCUUCAUACCUGGUGAUCUGAGAUGUCCAGUUUGGUUGCUUUUGCCUCUUGACUGGGCAGCCCCGGACUUGGGCCCCUGCCUCCGGCCCCCAGCACCAGCUCUGCAGAGGCUCCAGGGUUCCCCUCAAGUGCACAAGGUACUAUGCUACUGUCCCUGAGUCCUCCAUUCUGCACUGGGGGGCUGGCUAGGGCUGGGGACUGUGGCCUGUCAGGGGGCAGUCUCUCCAUGGCAGGCAUCCCUGCCCUGGGCUGUCCUCCCCCAGAUCCCUGACUGCCCCCUGGGUCCUGUCCCCCACUAGAGCCCCAGCUCCUGUCUGUUGGGGAGCCAUCACGAUGCUCAUGCAGCCCAUGGCGUUUCUCAAUGUGUGUCACCCGAAACCUGGGAGGGGAGGGAACACUGGAGCUUAGGACCACAACUGAGAGGCUUCUUGCCCUCCUCUCCAAUCAGGGACAUCCCGGGUGUGAUGGCCACUUCCCUCUGGCCUGGGCAGGGGAGGCCUUCUCAGACUUUGGGGUAUAUUGUGCAGCCUGACCCUGCUGCAGCGCCCAGUCCAGGAGAAAAGAGCCAGGGAGGGCCCUUUGGAGAUCCUGCAUGGAGUCCCACCAGGCCCACCUUUUGAGUUAGAUGCCUGAUCACUGUGGCCCCCACCUCUACCUCCCUUUCCCUGGAACACUGUGGCCCCACCUGCCCACAGAGAACACGGUGGUCUCUCCAGGCCGGGGUCGGCUCUUUCCUUCCUUGGAGCGGCCCUGACGGACAAGUGGGGGCCUCUUGCUGCGGCUGCAAUGGAUGCAAGGGGCUGCAGAGCCCAGAUGCACUGUGUGAUGGUGGGAGGGGGCUCCAUCCUGCAGGCUGGAGGUGGCAUCCACGCUGGACAGGAAGGAGGAGAACAGGGGUGACAUUCCCAUCUCCCUUCCUGUUCUGUUGCCUCCUGUUCUUUCAGCAUGCUCGUUAAACCCCCAGAUAUCCCACUUCCCCAAGACCCCAACAUUCUUUUCUUGUCUUUGUGUAAUAAACUCAGUAUUAAGAUGUCA